AUGGGGGAGACACAGCACAGCUCGAAUGGUACUGUAUUCGGCUUGCUAGAAAUCGUUCUUGACCGCCAAAUGCGGAUUACAAGAAGAAUUCAUCUCUCAGGCCAUUUUAGCUUUUCUCAGCGUUCGCCGAAGUUGUGCUUACCAAACUUAAUUCUUAUGCCCUACCCAAAAUCCAACAAAGACACCCGCAAAUACAUCGGAGUCCUGAGCGAAUCAGGGCGAAUUAAUCCAGAGAACCAGAGAAGUUAA